AUGUCCAAUGGUGGAAAUGCAGGAAAGAAAUCCUCAUCUUAUUUCCACUUCAUAGCAGGAUUAGGAUCAGGAAUCCUAUCUGCCGUUCUACUCCAACCCGCCGACCUGCUCAAAACCCGUUUACAACAAAGUAACCAUGGUUCCCUCUACAGCACCAUCCGCGAGCUAUCACAAUCACCCAACAGCAUCCUCUCUUUCUGGCGUGGCACCGUCCCCUCCGCUCUACGCACCGGUUUCGGUUCCGCCAUCUACUUCACCAGCUUAAACGCCCUACGACAAAAUGUCGCCCGCUCCAAUUUAUUGCGAACGAUUGGCGUCGUCGAGAAUAAGCAUGGCCCCGUGCAUUCAUCAUCGCUGCCCAAGUUAUCGAAUCUUGCGAAUUUGACCACGGGGGCUGUGGCGAGGGCUGGAGCAGGUUUCGCUCUUAUGCCUAUGACGAUUAUUAAAGUACGCUAUGAAUCGAAUUUGUAUGCAUAUAAAUCAAUUAUGGGAGCUGGUCGAGACAUUGUUCGCACGGAGGGUUUUAGGGGGUUUUUCUCGGGCUUUGGGGCUACUGCUAUUAGGGACGCGCCGUAUGCGGGUUUAUAUGUGUUGUUUUAUGAGGAGUUGAAGAAGCGGUUGAGUUCUAUUGUGUAUGCUGUACCACCCGCCGGGAGUCUGGGUACGAAGAUAAACCAGAACCAAAAUAAGAAUAUGAAAAGCAGCACAAGCGCCUCUAUAAAUUUUGGAUCCGGAGUAUUAGCAGCAGGAUUAGCAACAGCAAUAACGAACCCCUUUGAUGCGAUCAAGACGAGGAUACAACUGCAGCCGAAGAAAUAUACGAAUAUGGUGGUAGCGGGGAAAAAGAUGGUGAGGGAAGAGGGGGUCAAGAGUUUGUUUGAUGGGUUGGGGUUAAGGAUGGGGAGGAAGGCGAUUAGUUCGGCGUUGGCGUGGACGAUUUAUGAGGAGUUGAUUAGGAGGGUGGAGGAGGUUUGGGAGGGGGAUUUGGAAUAG